CUUGGAUUAUUGGUGGUGGUCAUUAUGACGAAACUACUACUACUAGCACUAGGAUGUCUCCCAUUGUGAUCGAAGCACCAAGUCUCGUGCAUUUGCAUCUUCAGGACUUUGAGGAGUUGCAGUUUGUCGACAGUCGAUUGUCGAGCCUUCUUUCAGCGCAGGUUGAUAUCUGUAAGAGUAAAAUGCUGGAUCAAUGCGUGAUCGGGUUCCUCGCUCAAAUCUCCAAUGCUAAGGAAUUGUACUUGUCUAGGCAGACUAUGCGUCUUCUGUCUGUCGUUUUAAGGAAAGACGAUGUCCAGCUGCCGGCAUUCCCCAAUUUGACAAUCGAGCCUGCCGGAAGCAGUUGCCUUCUCCUGCACUCCUUGCUCGAGUCUGCUUCCAAAUUACACCAUCUUGUGAUUGACUUCGGAAGCAGUGACAGUACAACAAUGGAGUGGGAGGCGUCGGAACCUGCUGCUUGCACACCAAAGUGUUUGCUGUCAAGCCUCGAAGAGGUCGAGAUAAAGGAUCUUGUGGCAGAGGAUAAUGAGAUGAAAAUGGCAGCAUAUCUGUUGAAGGCAGGAGUUGUUCUAAAGAUGAAGAAAGUGAACAAUAUGUGCUUGGUUCAUGAUGAUGACCUCAAACUUCUUGCACCACUGCCAGAGCCGCCAAAACCAAGAAGACCCGUUAACAACGCUAAACAAGACUUUUUCGAACUUAACCAGAUCAACGACCCUGACAAGGAAAUCAAAGACAUACUUAAGUCUUUUAAUAACGAGGCAUGGACCUAUUGAAGAAGAUUAAUCUUAUGUGGUAUUGCCACUCACAACUUCUUCCUGUAAGUGCAGGUUUUUUUUAAGUUAAUUAUGAUUGAUUGGAGAAAAAAUGAGAAGAAUCAAAAUCGAUUUAUAUCUCAGACUCUCAGUCGAUAGGCAUUGUCCCUGUAAAUAAUCUUCACCUAUGUCAUCAAUCGUUCCAUAAAAUAGAAAAACCUUCGCAUCUAAUUUUUUAGGGAAAUUAAUUUGUCCUUUUUCUAUAAUUUGAUGAAAGGGAUGAAUUAUGUUACUCGAUUAAUUCUGUAAUCAAGUUGAUUGAGAUAAAUCGGGCAAUUGAUUCAAAGUUCAAACACUUGAUUGAACAUACCGAACCCAAUUAAAAAUCUUCUAAUCAAUCUUAAAUAUCUUG